AAGCAUCAAAUGCUACGAGUCGCGACUCUAAGUCUCUACGGUGAAAUUCUCCAGACUCUCCACUCUCCUCUCCGCUUCUGUUUUUAUUCAAUUGACUCUCGUUCCUAGUUUAUUGUCUUUCUUUUCUAACUUUUUGCUAAUUUUCAUUCUCAAUCCCUCGUGUCUAAUCGUGUCUUUGCGCCUGCAUCAGUAAACCCACUGCUGGCCGUGCUCUCGCCCCCUUCGUUACCUGCCCCUCCAAACCGUUUCUAGGGAGAGCUUAGAAGCUCGGAUCGUGACAACAUGGCAUCGCCCGUAGCAUCCGCAGCUCUUAAAGCUCGAAUUAACCGACCGUCGAUGCUAAAGAAGCUAUGCCAACCCAAAGAUUUACUUCACCAUUUUCCCAAUGGCGCUUACAUUGGCUGGUCGGGUUUCACCGGCGUGGGUUAUCCCAAGAAAAUGCCUACAUUCCUCGCAGACCACGUAGAACAGAACAACCUUCAAGGUAAACUACGUUAUACACUAUUCGUCGGCGCCUCCUCAGGGGCAGAAACGGAGAAUCGAUGGGCUGGACUAGAUAUGAUUGAGAGGCGAAGUCCUCAUCAAGUUGGCAAAGCUAUUGCGAAGGGUAUUAACGAAGGGAGGAUCAAAUUUUUCGAUAAACAUUUAUCAAUGUUUCCGGUGGACUUAGUAUAUGGAUUUUACACGAAAGAUCGACCGAACAAUAAAUUAGACGUGGUAGUGGUCGAGGCAACAGAAAUUAAAGAGGAUGGAAGCAUUGUUCCAGGUGCAUCGGUUGGUGCGACACCAGAACUUAUCCAACUCGCCGACAAGAUCAUUAUUGAAGUUAACACAGCGAUACCGAGCUUUAACGGACUUCACGAUAUCACAAUGACUGAUUUACCACCAAACCGAAAACCAUACUUGAUUAUGGGUGUUGAGGACCGUAUCGGAAGCACAUCUAUCCCCAUUGACCCGGAGAAGGUCGUUGGUGUAAUUGAGUCCGACUACCCAGACCAAACUACGCAUAACACGCCCGCAGACGAGUGCUCUCGCAGUAUCGCAAAUCACCUAAUCGAAUUCCUCGAACAUGAAGUUACACAAGGCCGCAUGCCUAAGUCUCUGCUCCCUCUACAGUCCGGUAUCGGAAAUAUCGCAAACGCGGUUAUCGGGGGCCUCAGCGAGUCCAACUUCUACAACCUAAAAGUUUGGACUGAAGUUAUCCAAGACACAUUCUUGGACCUCUUCGACUCGGGUCGGCUUGACUUCGCUACUGCAACCUCAGUCCGCUUCUCUCCGGAAGGUUUCAAGCGUUUCUACGAUAAUUGGGAAUCGUACCACAACAAGCUACUCCUGCGCUCGCAGCAAGUAUCCAAUUCACCCGAAAUCAUCCGAAGAUUAGGCGUCAUCGGCAUGAACACACCGGUAGAAGUAGACAUCUACGCACACGCCAACAGCACCAACGUAAUGGGCAGCCGUAUGCUAAACGGUCUAGGUGGGUCCGCCGACUUCCUCCGAUCAUCUAAGUACAGCAUCAUGCACACGCCCUCCACACGACCCUCCAAGACGGACCCCAUUGGCGUUAGCUGUAUCGUGCCUAUGUGCACACACGUCGACCAGACAGAGCACGACCUCGAUGUCGUCGUGACCGAGACCGGGUUGGCGGAUGUGCGGGGCUUGAGCCCCCGCGAGCGUGCCCGUGUUAUUAUUGAUAAGUGCGCGCAUGAGGAGUACCGACCGAUUCUUAAGGACUACUUUGAGAAGGCGGAGUUUGAGUGCUUGAAGAAGGGCUGGGGACAUGAGCCCCACUUGUUGUUUAACUCCUUUGAUAUGCAUAAGGCAUUAGUUGAGGAGGGCAGCAUGAGGAAGAUUAAGAAGUGGUAAAAGGGAAAAGGGGGUGUAAAUGUUGUAGCUCGUAAAGAAUAAUGGAAGGUCUUGGGGAAGAGGGGCUAUAUAUCAUGGUCGGGCAUGGAAUACGCCUGGUUUCCAAAAUUUUGAAAGUAGAUAUUCUAGGUAUUCCACUUAGAAGUGAGUAUGGUGGAUGAGAUGGCUCUUGAUAGCCUUAACUCCACUUGGAGUUAUUUCAAUCAUGAAUUGCUUGGUAUCAUUACCUAGACAUAGUAUCUAGUUGUUGGAAUUAUUUAAUAAUGAGAACCUACGCAAGCAUGCCUUUCGGAAUUCUAAA